GCCUAUGCAGCUACACUUAAUGUCAAACAUGAACAUCCUCCACACCCAUAUCACACACCAAAUGUAACUUUAGAAAUAAGUACCUGAGAGUGAGUGGUAUUUUGGUCGGUGACAAAACAGGCUUUGCAGAACUUAAACAUUUAUUAAUUUCGAGCCAUUACAUCUUUCUUUCUUAGGCAAAUCUCAUAUUCCAUACACAGCUGAAAACAGGCACCACCUGGCCUGUGCCGGGGUGCUGACGGGCAAACCAAGGCUCCUGCAUCUAGGCGUCUGCUGCAUUGUGCUUGGGAAGUCUAAUCCAGGAACCCCUGAGCCAAGCAUCAUGGCGGCCAAGCCCAAGCUCUGGUACUUCCGAGGCAGGGGCAGGAUGGAGUCGAUCCGCUGGCUGCUGGCUGCCGCUGGAGUGGAGUUUGAAGAAGAAUUUCUGGAAACAAGAGAGCAAUAUGAGAAGUUGCAGAAGGAUGGGUGCCUGCUCUUUGGCCAGGUGCCCCUGGUUGAAAUUGAUGGGAUGAUGCUGACACAGACUAGAGCCAUCCUCAGCUACCUGGCUGCCAAGUACAACUUAUACGGGAAGGACCUGAAGGACACAGUCAGGAUCAACAUGUAUGCUGACGGCACUCUGGACCUCAUGAUGAUGAUUGUACAGGCUGCCUUCAAACCCCCAGAGGAAAAAGAGGAGAACAUUGCUUUCAUUGUGACCAAAGCUAAAACCCGUUACUUCCCGGUGUUUGAAAAGAUUUUGAAAGACCAUGGAGAGGAUUUCCUCGUUGGCAAUGCAUUCAGCUGGGCAGACAUACAACUGCUAGAAGCCAUUUUAAUGGUGGAAGAACUCAGUGCUUCUGUUCUCUCGGACUUCCCUCUGCUAAAGGCAUUUAAAACAAGAAUCAGCAGCAUCCCUACAAUCGAGAAGUUCCUGCAGCCUGGGAGUCAGCGGAAGCCACCCCCGGACAGCCACUACAUUCAAGUGGUCAGGCACGUUCUGCAGUUCUGACGGCAGCGGGUCUUGAAUGGAAAACGGUCGCGGUCCAGUUGCAGUAAUGGCAGUGCCCGAGCUCACUGUGGAUUCUAGGUGUAAAAUGUUUGAAAAGAACAGAACCACAUUGUCAUCAACAGCAAAUGUCCAUUAAAUGCAAAAUGAAACCAUCUGGAUUUAUGAAUAUUUUUAAGCUUGUCAAUUGUGGACGGUGGUUGCAACUUAUCUGAGACCAAUGCGCAAGUAAACAGGAGGCUGGUACCUGUCAGGCAGUGGCCCACACGGGGCCCUGUUCUUGCUGUCUGUAUCCAGAUCACAUCCACUGGUAGAAGGGUGAACAGAGCUUUGGGGGACAGGGUCUUUCCAACACCCAUCCUGAUGCCAUACUUGGGACAGAAAAAAGUGACAAGUGACAGGUCAUCAGGAAGGGGAUGGGUGAUGCUCGUAAAUCCUAAGGGGAAGUGUGGCGGACAGAGACUGUCCUGGGAAGACCAUUUUGAGAGUCUGGUUA